GAAGUCAACACGCUUAAACCGAAGUCAUGUGACAUUGUAUCAGCUGACAUCACUCGAGUUCAAUCGGGGAGGAAGAUGUCUUGCGGUACGAUAACAUUGCUGGAUAAAUUAUCACCCGAAGAAUGUCCCAAACUCUUGCACAGGGUGGUGGAUGGAGUGUGCGGGCGGCGGGGUCCGUCCCGAUCAGAUUACAGAGACAGAUGGAGUUUGACAGAAUGGAUGGAUUUAUUGAACAGUCUCUCAUCUUUCAUCCGCUUUGCUGUAGGGAGAGGAUGCUCAGAUCAAGAGGUUCGUGAUCUGCUGAGUGACUUGGAUCCUGCUCGUGCCGAAGCUGUUCUGCAGUGUGUGCGGUCAAGGUUGGAUGAGAUCAGACAUGCUUUGGUGGACAGAACCAAUGCCAUCUCUAGCACACAGCUACAGGACUUUAACUGGCAGAUAAAGCUGGCAUUAUCCAGUGACAAGCUGUCAGCUUUAAACACUCCCCUGUUAAAUCUAAGUCUGGACUUGAAAGAUAAUGGAAUUCAGAGAUCGACAAACAUAGAAAUGAACAAAGAGGAGCUACAAACACUCAUCAGUGCCUUAGAGGCAGCUAAUAAGGUGGUGCUGCAGUUGAAAUAAAGAGACCAGAAUCAGCAAUUCUGAUGUCUUUGCUGUAAGACAACGCCUGCAUGCUGGCACACGGGAACCUUACACAGAAACUGGAAAUAGUAGCUCUGACUAUGAGCUAUUUAAGCAAAACUCAAGGACUAUAAGUGUUCAUGAUGUUCACCAAAAGAAAGCUUCAGUUUUAUAGGGUAACACUGAUUUGUUAGAGGUGCCAAAUUAUUUGUUAUCUCAAUUAAUAAGUCAAAUCCAAGGUGCCCAGUCUGCACAUGAAUGUUAAAAUGUGUUUAGUUCUCUUGUUUCUUUGUUGUAUGAAUGAAAUUCUGCCCCUUCAAUUUCAGUUGAGGGCAGUCUGUAAAAACAAAUAACCCUUAAAUAAAGCAUUCAUCGUGUUUUUUCACA